AUGCCUGCCAGCGACAAGGGCGGUGGCAGUAGUACCACCACGACCACGACGACUACCACCGCCGCCAGCAACAAUAGCCUUGGCUCCUCCAACGCCACGUCACUGAACAGCAGCCGGGGAAGCCGCGGCAGCCGCACGAGCCGCCGCAGCACGGGCAGCGCCACGCCCGAGGGCGACGACAAGCUGCCGCCCGGCUGGACGCGCAAGGAGAGCAAGUCGCAGAAGGGCCGGUACUACUUUAUCUCGCCCGCGGGCAAGACGCAGUGGGUGCCGCCCCCCACCAAGAGCGCGAGCGCCAAGAUCAAGAAGACGUUCAACUGGAUGAGCGAGGUGGAGAUCUGCUUCCAGGAGGGGCGCCUGGGCGUGAGUCUGCGAGAGGUCCACCAGAUGGAGACCAUCCUGUACCCGCAGUUCCAGGCCGAGGUGGACGACCUGCCCAAGAUCAACGGCAAGGCCGGCCCCGCCGAGCUGCACAACUGGAGCGUCAAGCCGCACAAGCGCCUGACGAUCGGCAUGCGCGUCAUCAGCAUCGAAGACGUGUCGCUCGCGGGGCUCACGUACAAGGAGGUGGUGGCCAAGUUGAAGAGCGCGUCCAGACCCGUGCGCAUAAAGUUCGCCGACGUGCACAAGGGGACAGUGGAGGAGAACGGCGGGCGCAAGUCCGACGGGGAGAAGAGCGGCAACGGCGCGGGCAAUGAUCCGAGCAGCACGAGCUACGCCCAGUCGUCCGCCUACAUGCUGCAGAAGCAGGAGUACACGCGCGUGCUGGUGACGGGGGAGCUGCACACAGAGAUGUGGACGAUCGAGAACAAGAAGAUGCUGCGCUCGCUCACCCGCAUGCAGCACAAGUGGAGUACAGUCUCGAGCGAGUUUGACCUGCUGAACGCGCGGAGAAUGGAGCUCCGGAAAGAGAACGAGGCGCUGAAGCACGACAAGGAGAAGUACGAGGUCAUGAUGAAGAACCUCAAGCUGCAGGCGACGUACGCGAUGGAGAAUCCGGAGCUUGUGCGGGCCAAUGAACUGGCCAAGAGGAAUACAGAGCUGAACGACGAUAUUUCGAAGAUGAGUGCAGGUAAUAAACGACUGAGGAAGGAGAGGGACGCGCUGCAGGCACAGCUAGAUGAACUGGAGAAGCAGCUUGCGAAAGUGGAGCAAAAAGCCAAAGACGAGGAUGAAGACCGCGUGCCGGAAGAGGACAUAUUUGGUAUUGAGCCCACUGCCCCGCCGAAGGAGCAGCUAUCGGCACUAAAGAAGAAGAGGCGUGGCCUUGAAGACGAGCUGAACAAGGAGCAGCGCAAAGCCAAUAAGGUACAGAAGGAGAUGGAGCAGCUCACUAAGCACUACGCCAGUCUCGGCAAUGAAGAACCGGCGCUCAGCUCCUCGACCUCUUCGUCGUCCUCCUCCUCCCAUCGGCAGAGCGAUGAUAAGGAAAAGAACUCUCUCAGCUCAAGUGGAGUCCGUGAAAAAGGGAGCAGCAGCAGCAGUAAUGGUACCAGCAAGCCGAAAUCGGAAUAUGCUGAGCUGGAAUCCAAGAUUUUGGAGCUGCGUAAGAAGCAGCGCUCCGUCGUGGACACGUUGUCGAAGGCUGCACAGUCAGGAGACCACAAGCUGGCCAAGGAGUGCCAGCGGCGGCGGCAGAAAAUUAAGGAGGAGCUCAAGGAGGCACAGGACGAGCUGCACCGGCUCAAAAACCAAGGCAAGUCGGGAACGUCAUCGUCACGAACGGAAUCCAGUCGCAACCAGAAGCCUUCGACUGAGACUUCAACCGACUUAUCCUCGAAGAAUAAGUCGCGGCGUUCGGGGUCGAUUAGCAAGGACAACUCGAGUCCGUCUACCCCAGACACAAGCGCUGACACGACGUCGGUGACCGGUAGCUCUCGCGCAGGAAAGAUGCCGAUGCUGAGUGGGUUCUUAGACAAGGGACCUACGGAGUGGGCCGACCGUGGCAUCAUCAGCGGCAUGAAGACGAUGCGAGGAGCGCGUGAGCGUUGGUGCGUUAUCACUGCCGAUGGAUUCCUCAAAUACUACAAGCGUCGUGGUGACUCCGUCGUCCGUGGUGAGAUCAACCUGGCCGACAAGAGCUUCGAGGUCGUCUGCGAAGACAUCCGGUAUGGCAAGGAGUUUGUGCUGUGUACGGACGAGCAGCAGUCGCACUUCUUCACCCAGAGCCCGCAGGAGUUGAACAACUGGGUGAAGACCUUGCGCGCUGCGAACGCCUAUUUACUGAAUGCCGCCGCUCCGCCGCUGCCUCCACCUCGGUCGACGCGCGGUGAUCCGGACAAGAGAGCAAUCACGCGCAGCGACAGCAAGCAGGCGAAGGAGUUCGACCUCGACGGGCUGGAGGCCGCCUUGCCCGAAGAGGACGAACAGUUUUAUGGACGAGCUACCCUGGGAUUCUAA